AUGCUUGCUCGUUCUUUCGGACUCCUUGGAGACUAUAUCGUCUCGCUUGACAUUGUUGAUGCCGAGGGCGAUGCCUACACCAUCACAAAGCAAUCGCACCCAGACUUGUUUUACGGUUUCCUGGGCGGCAGUCCUGGUAACUUUGGAGUUAUCACGCACUUUAAGGUCGAAUUGCAGGAGGACGUCAAACACAAAGGCUCCAAGGGCCUGUGGAUGGCUUUUCAAUACAGCGAAGAGACCCUAAAGUACCUCCUCGACAUCCUCAUCGAAAAGUCCGAAGACGCCAACUUCCCGCGUGGCUACGACUUCGGCGUCAACGUGCUCAGCAGGAAUAUUAACCUCCUUGACGUCUUCCCUGGCUCCGAAGAUGAAUUGCGCGAAACACUGCCUGACUGGGUCAUGCACAAGGUCACUACUCUUACCAACUUCAAACUCGCUCCUAUUGUGGUGUAUGUGCAAUGGGUUAACCUGCCAGGUGAGCCUGUAUUCGAUCCGAGCUUGUUCGAUCGUAUCAGGGAAGCUCCUGGCUCGAGAAUUAUCGAGAAGAAUAGCGGAGAUGACUGGGGCAUGUCUCAGAUUAUGAGGCUGUGGCUGUUCAAUGGCGAUCGCGAGUUUGGGCAUCCGUAUGUCAAGCGCACGAACACCACCAACUCGACCACUCUUUCUGAAGACGGCUUCUCCUCCUGGUUCACAAGCAGAGUAGAAGAACUUGUUGAAGACCGAAAGAAUGGCCUGUAUAUUUCCUCGCAGCUGCAGGUUAUGGGCGGCAAGAACUCGAUGUGUACGAAGCAUGCGGGGAAUGGGACGGCGUAUAGUUGGAGAGACACUACGCUGUGUGGUACUUGGGAUGCAUUUUAUGAUGAGAAAGUUACAACAAAGCAGAAGGCUGUUGACUGGCAGAAGGAGAACGAUGAUGGGGCGAAGGCGCACUUUGCUAAGCAAAAGCACGAGCGCCGGCUACUUUGGGGUUCAUAUGGCGAUUGGAAUAUGAAGGACGAGAGCGUGUGGAGAUGCUAUUAUGAAGAAGAGUCGUACAGGAAGUUACAGAAGAUUAAGAAGCAGGUCGAUCCGAAGGGGGUGUUUACAGCGAAUCCGUUCUGCGUAGAGGCUGCCGAAUAA